ACCCGCACAGCCCCCCAUGCCCGCCCACUGCUCGACGCAAUUCCCCGACGGCUGAUCGCGCCGCGCCGGCCCCAUGGCCUCCCUCUCCUCGCGCCGCCCGCCUCCACGCGCGGCAUCCUGCCGCCACCCCGGCGGCCGGCCCUGACCCCCCGCGCCGCGCGCUCGUGCUACCGCUUCCGCACCGACGACGACGGCGUCGUGGACGUGGCCGUGGCCGCGGGGGAGGGCGGCGGGUACACGGUCGGCGUCGAGGUCCCGCCCCUCCCGGGCGCGCGCCGGCGGGAGGGCGGGCUGCUGCUCCGCCCCGCGGGCUCCGCCGAGGCCGUCCCGCUGGACGGCGCCUGCCCCGCGGCCGAGCUCUCGUUCCGCGCGCCCCCCGCGCCGUUCAGCUUCUCGUUCCUGCUGACGGACGGCGAGGGCGCCGAGAUACGGACCCACCGCAGGACGCCCUUCCGCGUGCCGGUCGGCGUCGGGCCGGGCAGCCCCGCGCCGCUCGGCCUGUCCCUCUCGGAGGGCGGGGCCGCCAACUUCGCCCUCUACAGCAGGAGCGCCAAGGGCGUCGUGCUCUGCCUGUACGGCCGUGGCGGCGGCGGCGGCAAGCCCGCUCUGGAGAUCGAGCUCGACCCCUACGUCAACCGGACGGGCAACGUCUGGCACGUCUCACUGGAGAGCGUGGAGGGGUACGGCAGCUACGGCUUCCGCUGCGGGCUGUUCGGCAUGGGCCACCCACUGCUGGAUCCGUAUGCCAAGGUGAUCGGUGACCUGGUUGCUGCCAAUCCCCUUCAUGUGAAGGGGAUCACUGCGCCGUCUAUGAGCUGCCUCGGAUCGUUGGCGACUCCACCGAGCUACAAUUGGGGCAGGGACAAGUGGCCACGCUUGCCACUGGAGAAGCUGGUGGUUUACCGGGCAAAUGUGGCCUUGUUCACCAAGGACAAGUCGAGCGGGCUGCCGGACAAUGUUGCCGGUACUUUCUCCGGGGUGGCUUCAAAGAUACAGCGCUUUAGGAGCCUUGGUGUCAAUGCGGUUUUGCUGGAACCAGUGUUCCAGUUCGAUCAGGUGAAGGGCCCUUACUUCCCGUACCAUUUCUUUUCACCAAUGGACUCGUAUGGCGGUGAAGGCUGCAGUGCUUCAGCUAUCACGGCUAUGAAGGAUAUGGUCAAGGCAAUGCACAGGAAUGGAAUAGAGGUCCUCUUAGAGGUUGUUUUUACACAUACUGCUGAAGGAGAAGCAGAUGGUCAGAUGAUAUCGAUCAGUGGCGUUGACAAUUCCUCGUAUUACAUUGCUGAUGAGAUUGCUGGAUGCAAAUCGGGUAUACUGAAUUGCAAUUCUCCAGUGACUCAGAAUCUGAUUUUGGACAGCCUCCGCCAUUGGGUGAUUGAUUUCCAUGUUGAUGGGUUUUGCUUCAUCAAUGCCCCUUUCCUGGUCAGGGGUCCACGUGGUGAAUAUCUUUCUCGACCGCCCCUUCUUGAAUCUAUAGCUUUCGACCCGGUUCUUUCCAAGACAAAGAUCAUUGCAGAUCCUUGGUCUCCACUCGGCAUAUCUAACGUGCAAUUUCCAUUCCCUCACUGGAAAAGAUGGGCUGAGAUGAACACAAGGUUCUCCAUUGACGUGCGCAAUUUUUUGAAGGGAGAAGCUCUUAUUGGUGCUCUUGCUACGCGUCUGUGUGGUAGCGGGGACCUAUUUUCCAACAGAGGCCCGGCAUUUUCUUUCAAUUAUGUAUCCAGGAAUUCAGGGCUUACUCUUGUUGACUUGGUGAGUUUCAGCAAUGGGGAUCUUGCUUCUGAGUCGAGCUGGAAUUGUGGUGAAGAAGGACCGUCCGAGGACAGUGUAGUUCUUCAGAAGAGGCUAAGGCAGAUAAGGAAUUUCAUAUUUAUUCUGUUUGUUUCACUUGGUAUUCCUGUCCUGAACAUGGGAGAUGAAUGCGGGCACUCCUCUGCUGGUUCGACAUCAUACAAGGAUAGAGUUCCUCUAAACUGGAAGGCCUUGAAGACCAGUUUUGUUAAGGAAGUUACUGGAUUCAUUUCAUUUCUAGCUGCACUCAGGAGUCGGCGAGGUGACAUUUUUCAGAGAAGAGAAUUCCUCAAACUGGAAAACAUAAGUUGGCAUGGGAACAAUCUAUCUGAACCACGAUGGGAGGAUCCUACUAGCAAGUUUCUUUGCAUGCACAUAAUCGCAGAAAAUGAUGUUAAUACACCAGAGUUAACCAAAGGUGACUUGUACAUAUGUUUCAAUUCAAAUGAGGAACCAGCAAGUGCUACAUUACCUGCUCCUGCAGAAGGAUCUGUGUGGCUACGUUUGGUUGAUACAUCACUUGCGCUUCCAGGUUUCUUUACAACCGAGUCUAAUCUGAAAGUACACCAAGUGCUAGGAUAUUCAUCUUAUGAAGUAAAAGCGCACAGUUGCGUUUUAUUUGAAUCAAAGAGGGAUCUCCCCCAGUUUCUCUGAUAAAGUAGUUAGUCUGUUGACGCCUACUUCCUACUUUCAGAGCUAUGGCUGGAAUAAGUUGAUCUGUACUGUAGCUGAGAAUGUUUAUGAUAAUAAAAUGUAGCAUUUGUCCAA